GCAUUGUCAUUAAUCAAUUAUCGCACUUCAUAUAAGUGGAUAGGCAAGAUCAAAGUUUGGGAGAAUAGGCCAUGUCCAUUCUUACAGCGGUCGUUAAAUUCCUGGUUGCACUUACACUUUGUAACGCGAUGACAAUGAAACAACUUAGGUCAACGGGAAAGAUGAUGCGAAAAUCAUGUCAACCAAAAAAUAACGUUCCUGAUGAGAAAGUCGAUCGGAUUUCUGAAGGUGUCUUCAUAGAAGAGAAAGAGGUCAUGUGCUACGUUGCUUGCAUCAUGAAAAUGGCUAAUGCGAUAAAAAACAAUAAACUUAACUACGAGGCAUCGAUGAAACAAGCCGAUCUGCUGCUACCAGAAGAAAUCAAACAACCAGCUAAAGACGCUAUUACAGCUUGUAUCAAAGUUGCGGAUUCUUACAAAGACAUCUGCGAGGCAUCGUUCUUCGUUACCAAGUGUAUUUACAACCACAAUCCUGCAGUUUUCUUUUUCCCAUAGUUUUAUAACCAAUGAAAUAAGAAUACUUACUUACUAUUAUUACGAACUUGUGAUUAA